AUGCAGAUCGAUAACGAGCUCCGGAACAUCGUCAUGGGAGACCUCAUCGUCACCGCAUAUUGCACCAAAAUCAAAGCCUUAGCAGACCUUCUUGCCAACCUUGAUCCAGAUUCCGCAAUUCCCGACAAGCAUUUGGUUAUCUACACAAUCAACGGCUUGUCGUCUAAAUUCGAUUCCGUCGCUAACAUCAUACGGUACCGUUCUCCGCUUCCGACCUUCAUUGAAACCCGGUCGAUGUUACUCAUGGAAGAACAACGUAUGUCAAGUCCUCGACUGGUGUACACCAAAAAUUCUACCAACUCCUCAUUGCCGACUAUUUUGCACACGAGACACGGCUCGUCAAACCGGCCUAACAACCGCCGUCCAGAUCGCCGCCAACAGCACCAACGCCGCCGCCAACAGCCUCCGACGAUCGUCCCAAACCAGCCUUACGGCUGGGUCUUUAUUCCGCCACCGGAGUUGCAACAACAGCAUCGCACCCCCUCAUCGCCGUCAUGGCAGUAA